GUGGUGCGGCUCGCGAAGCCCUCUGCCGAGGUGAGGUACGUCGGCAAAGAGGGCAACGUCAGCACCGAGAAGAUGAAGGCACAGCAGGACGACAUUGGCGCGCAGCUGGUCGCCCUGGCGCGGCAGGGCCUCUCCGUGUGCCGUCUCAAGGGCGGCGACCCCAUGAUUUUCGGGCGCGUCGGAGAGGAGAUGGAGGCACUCGUCGCCGCUGGCGUGCCGUACGAGGUGGUGCCUGCAGUGACCGCGGCGCUGGCGGCUGCCGCCGACGCCUCGGUGCCGUUGACCUUCAGGAACGCCGCGACUUCGUUGCACGUGCACACGAUGAAUGCGACGUACACGAAGGACCCCAACUACGACUGGGCACAGUUCGCAGCGCCCAUGAAGACGCACGCGCUGUAUAUGGGCCUCUCGGCGCUCGAGUCGGUGUGCGAGCGGCUGCAGGCGGCGGGCGUAGAAGGCUCCACGCCCAUGGCGGUGGUGGACCGCGCGUCACUGGCGGCGAUGCAGGUCGUGACCGGAACUGUCGAGACGCUGCCGGGCCUCGUGAGAGACCGGUCAGACCUGCAGGGCCCGGCCAUGGUGCUGCUGGGUCAGGCCGUGGCCCUGGGCGCGCGGCUUCGGGGCGCCAGGCCGCCGGCGCCGCCCGCGCCGGACGCCUCCCUGGCCGCCGCGCUGGCGGCGCUGCCCGCGCUGGGCGAGGAGGCC